CUUCACGGCCCGGAAGUGAUGCCGGACUCUAUUAUGUGUUUAGUUGUGUUACAGUGUAUUCUUUCCUUUGAUAAGGUGAAAUGAGCAGAAACCUUUGCAUAAAUAGGUGUUAUUUUCUCGUUUGAAGGAAAAUAGCUCGAAUAUGUGUGUGAGCUGCACAGCGACACGAAGACAAAGCAGAAUAAGAGUGCAAGAGUUAUUUUGGCUGGACGUCUGCUUACAGUGAAUAUGGAUGAAUCUAAGACAGAAACAAACAGCAAUGGUGAAGGUACAACGUCUCUUAGAAGUGACCUCAGCGAGUGUGAGCAGAAAGAAAGCAGUCAAGAAGCAAUGAAAGAAAGUGAAUUACCAAGAAAACGUAAGGAGCAAGAUGAAGCUAAGCUAGGCCUGAUACAGUCCUCCUGUGACACACACUCAAAGGACACUGCUUUUAUAGAUGCCACUGACAGCAAUGAUUCAACCAGUCAGACAAAGCCAAGCAAUGGAGAAAAGCCUUCUGAAUCAAGCUCGCCAGACGCCAAGCUUGGCAAGCUAAGUUGCACUGCCAGUGAGAUGACGAAGUCUAACCUCAGUUUAUCUCUAAAUAUAAGUGACACACCUAGUACAGAUGUGGAGAUGAUGAGCCCAGAUAGCCCAAAAGCUUUUUUGCCAACAAAUUCUGGCGAAAAUUCUUCUUGCCCUGACUUGGUGGAGACCAAACCCCCAGUCCCCAAACCAGGAGACGUGGAUGUAGACAGCAACAAAGACAUAUCUGAAGUGACAGACAUGGAAACGGAUAAUGCAGAGCAAACGUCCUACACAGUGGUUGAUGAGCCUAACCAAACACAGACAUCUUCAGUAAGAGAUCAAGCGUCGGAUGUGCAAAAAGUCAGGAAGUGGCUUGGAACCCCAAUAGAGGAGCUUAGGCGGAUGCCUCAGUGUGGACAGUCCCUGCCACACCUCAGGGCCACAGACAAUCACAAAGUCCUCAUCAGGACAGACCUGCUUAAAGGAGAUGAAGUUCCCGUUCCAUAUCCAAGCAAGUUCAGAGAUUCAUGGGAUGAUAUGACUGUAAAAAUGCCUUGUUCAGAAAAGAACCUGUUUCCUGUGGAGAAUGAGGAUGGAACUGUAGUACAGAGUCGUUGGGAUUUGAUUUGUAGUGCUUUGGAAGCAGCAUGCAAAAGUUCACUUGAUAUUAGGGAUGCAAUAUUGAGUUACAACACCGCACAUGCUAAAAGAUGGGACUUCACAGCGUUGAAUGUUCUUUGCACUGAGGGUCUGGAGAAUUGUGAAGUACAGUAUCUUUUUGAUGUCAUAUUGCCGGCAAUGGUGAAACUGACAUUGGACACACCCAAGAUUUGCACCCAGCCAAUCCCUCUGCUUAAACUAAGGAUGAAUCAGUCCUUGACCAUGUCACAGGAACAAAUUGCCUGCCUUCUAGCCAAUGCCUUCUUCUGUACAUUUCCCAGACGCAACUCCCGCAAGUCUGAAUAUUCCAACUACCCCGAGAUCAAUUUUUACAGACUCUUUGAAGGUUCCAACCCACGUAAGAUUGAGAAACUCAAAACUCUCCUGUGCUAUUUCAGAAGAGUCACUACAUCAAUGCCCACUGGCCUUGUGACAUUCACAAGACAGGGUUUAACCAGUUUUCCAAAAUGGGAAAGCUCCAAGACACAGCUCACCCGUCUUCAUAUUACCUGUGAGGGCACCAUAGAGGAUCAGGGUCAUGGAAUGCUGCAGGUGGACUUCGCGAACAGGAUGGUGGGUGGAGGGGUGACAGGUCUGGGGUUGGUCCAGGAGGAGAUUCGCUUCCUCAUCAACCCUGAGCUCAUCAUAUCACGCCUCUUCACUGAAGCUCUGGACCACAACGAGUGCCUCAUCAUCACAGGCACCGAACAAUACAGUAAGUACUCCGGCUAUGCAGAGAGCUACAGAUGGAAAGAAAACCAUAAAGAUGAGAUACCAAGGGACGAAUGGCAGCGGAGGUGCACUGAGAUUGUUGCCCUGGAUGCACUAAGGUUCAGGCAUUUCAUGGAACAAUUUCAACCUGACAAAAUGACCCGGGAGCUAAACAAGGCAUAUUGUGGAUUUGUGCGACAUGGUGUCAACCCUCAGAAUCUCUCCGCUGUUGCCACAGGGAACUGGGGCUGUGGUGCGUUUGGAGGCGACACUCGACUCAAAGCUCUGUUGCAGCUGAUGGCAGCUGCUGAGGCUGGGAGAGAUGUGGCCUACUUCACUUUUGGAGAUGAAGAACUCAUGAGGGACGUGCAUGACCUGCAUACCUUUCUUAAAGACAGACACGUCACUGUUGGCACUUUGUAUUGCCUGUUAAAGCAGUACUCUAAUGUGCUGUCUAAGAACACCCAGAGGCCUGAUGUCAGUCUGUACGGGUUCCUCUAUGAGCAGGUCAGUUCUGAACCAGACCCAGAACCCAACCCAGGUCCCAGCGCCAGCCACACUGAGCCUUCCACCUCUUCUCCAAACUGCCAUUAACGCUGGCUAGUGACUGAUCCUGUUUAAAUGCCUUCUUUUUCUUCAGAAAGACAAUUUAGGUGAUUUUUAGAUGUGUUUUAGGGAAACACAUUAUGCCUUUAUUUCUACCAAUAGGUUUCUUGGAAGUAUGACAAUAUGUAAAUCAUUAUUUUUGGCAAAUAUAAUUCAGUUAGGUUUUUCUGUUAUUUUAUUUAAGUUUUAUGCUUGCUGACAUUUAUGGGACGACAGAGAAAUCUACUGGUGGUCAGAUUUACUGCAUGAACUUGCGAAAUUAAAUGACCAGUUUAAAAUUGGGAGACACAGGCAUUGAUUUUUUCCACUGCACUUAUUCAGGAACUAACAUCAAUUCAGAUUAAAAUGUGUACUGGUGAUGUCUAACACACAAUAUGCAUGGAAAACCUCUAAACACACUAAGGUCCCUGUGACACUUGAUUAUAAAAGGUAUUGCACAAAACCUAUCCGAUUUUUUUGCCAUAUACUCGGAAGGGGAAUUUGGAACAUGUUUGAUAAUGAAAGAAAUAUUAGAUGCUGAAGAAAGUACUUGUAUGUUCACAUUAAUGGAAAUGCUGCAAUAUCAAAUUGCAGGAAAUUAUCUAUCAUUUCUGCAUGACAUUUUUAGCAAUUUAUUACGCUUAAGGUUUUUACUGUUGUUGUUUUGAUUACAGGAAACUUUAUGAAAUAAUGCUGAUAUUUAAAGGUAGUGAUUAUUUUCAUGUUGUGUUCUUUAUUUUAUUAUAAUUUGAUAAUUAAAAUGGUUGAAUCUGA